AUGUCUCUCUCUCCAUGCCGGGCCCAGAUGGGCUUCAGUGCCCGCUCAGCGUGUUCUGCUUUCUCAGGGGCUCGAGGCAGGACUGGCUUCAGCAGCAGGAGCCUCAGCUCCUCCGGGAGAUGCAGAGGAAGCUCUUGUGGGAGGGCCUGGGGGGCAGAGACCAGGCGGUUUGGGCAGGGUAAGGGGGGGCCUGGGUUUGCCCAGUGCCCUCCAGGGGGCAUCCAAGCAGUGACUGUUGACCAGAGUCUGCUGACCCCACUGAAGAUCGAGGUUGACCCCCAGUUCCAGGUGGUGAAGACGCAGGAGACUCGAGAGAUCAGAACCCUCAACAACCAGUUCGCCUCCUUCAUUGACAAGGUGCGCUUCCUGGAGCAGCAGAACAAGGUCCUGGAGACCAAGUGGGAGCUGCUGCAACGGCUGCAGGGCAAUCAUAGCCCUCAGGGUCUAGAGUGCAUCUUCGAAGCCUGCCUGGCCCGGCUCAGACAGCAGCUGGAGGAGCUGCAGAGAGAGCGAAGGGCUCUGGACUCUGAGCUGAAGACCUAUCAGGACCAGGAGGAUGAAUAUAAGUCCAAGUAUGACCAGGAAGCGAACAAACACGCCUCCGUGCAGAAUGACUUUGUGGUCCUUAAGAAGGAUGUGGAUGAAGUUUUCCAGAGCAAGAUGGAUUUGGAAGGCAACCUGGAGUCUCUGAGAGAACAUGUCUGUUUCUUGACACGACUGUAUGAAGAAGAACUGGGACAGCUGAAGACCCAGGCAGACGACAUGUCUGUGGUGCUGUCCAUGGAUAACAACCGUUGCUUGGACUUCAGCGACAUCAUUGCCGAGGUCCGCGCCCGUUACGAGGAGAUCACGCGGAUGAGCAAGGCCGAGGCUGAGGAAGUGUUCCAGACCAAGUACCAGGAACUCCAGGAAUCAGCCCAGCUUCAAGGGAACAGCAUGAAGGAAGCGCAGGUGCAGAUUUCCCAGCUUCGGCAGGCCAUACAUAGGCUGCAGAGUCAGAUUGGGAGCCUCAGGAAACAGAAUGACAGUCUGCAGUCGGCCAUCGCUGAUGCCGAGCAGCAAGGGGAGAUGGCUGUGAGGGAUGCCCAGGCCAAGCUGGAUGAGCUGGAGGCUGCUCUGAGAACAGCCAAGCAGGACAUGGCACAGAUGCUACGUGACUACCAGGAACUGAUGGGCACAAAGUUGUCCCUGGAUGUGGAGAUCGCCAUGUACCGGAGGUUGCUAGAGAGCGAGGAGUGCAGGAUAUCCAAGGAGCACACCAGCCAGGUCACUGUAGGAGAAUGUGGAGGCCAAGCAGUCAUUCCUAGAGGAGAAUGUGGGGGUCAAGUGAGCACUUGUGGCCAUAGAGGCUGGCAAGGCAGCUUUGGGUCUGGAGGCUGCUCUAGCAUCGUAACUGGUGGCUUCGAGAUCCCCCAGGGAUCUGGAUACAGCCCCACCAUGGGUUCCUGUUCUGUAUCUGGCUCUGGCUUCAGUUCUGGCUCUGGCUCCAGCUGCCGCACCAUCCUGAAGAAGACAGUGGAAUCAAGUCGGAAGAUGUCUGUCAUUUAUUGA